CCCUUUAUAAACUCCAUUUGAGAACAUGGUUCUGGAUUCCCCUUAUACAAUAAAAAUGGUGGUUGGUCCUUCUUGCCUAAAAACCUUGCACCCCCUUCAAGCCUUUUCAUUGAAAUCACCAUCUUCAACCUUAGGCUCCAUGAAAAUCAAAACUCUAAUUCACACCCUUGUCUAUGCUCAGUUUUGUCGUCUAAUUCGAGCAUUUUCCAAAGCAAAAUCUACUUUCAUUCUAAUUUGUAAACAAAGCAAGCCUAUUCAAUAUUUGAUUUCCAACUCAAAGACCACAAGAAAGAAUUACAAGCACAAGAAACUUUUCUUUGGUUCAUUCAGGCUACACUAUAAUUGGUGCUCUUCUCAUGUAACACCAGUUCCAGCUCCAGUUCUAGAAGCAACUCAUUCAACCUGGAAUUCAGUGGUUUCAACUGAUCAGCAAUGUGAUGAGGACACUGUGGAGUCUGAGCUUUCAGGUUACCUUCAAUGGCUAGAAGAAAAGAAGGGUAAUGGUAAUUCUACUGUUGAGAUAGAUAUCAAUGAGAUUGAUAAGCUAGCAGAAAUGUUUAUAGCUAAUUGCCAUGAAAAGUUCAGGUUGGAGAAGCAAGAGUCUUAUAGGAGAUUCCAGGAAAUGUUGGCUAGAAGCAUGUGAAGGGUUUUCUUAAUUAUUAGCUAAUAAUCCUUCUUUUUUUGUUAAUUUUAUAUCCUAGUAAAACUUUUCACCUCUUAUAUAUUUUGUGUUUGGAGAAUUGUAUACAUGAUAAGAGUGUGGGGUGCUUACUCCUAUUCUUCCCUUAAAUUUGUGAUGACAAUCCCUCCUUUGUUGGAAUAGAAGAGAAAAAUCCAGUGCAAAUUUCCAGAA